AUGACGACGACAGUAAUCUUUGAUGAGGAGAACAACUUGCUGGAGUUGACACAGACAGAGCUUGUGGUCCUGAAGCAGAGUUGGGAUAUGCUCAUGGAAGCUUUGGGAGGCGAACGAGAGACUGUGGGAGAUGCCAUCUAUGGAAUUCUCACAGAACGUUUGACAAUCCUGAAGGAGAGCUUCAAGGGGCGGCCCAGAGCGAUCAUCUCCUUGAAUCUCUUCAAUGGCUUCCGCUUGCUUUGCGACAAAGCCCGUGACCCGGAGGAGUUGAAGACCCAAGUGGAGACUUUGGGUUUCAAGCACUUGGGGCACGAGAUCACUCAGCAGCGAGUGGAUGGCGUUUGUGACGCCUUCUUAACGACUGGGCGGAUCACCGAUCGGUCGGCCGUUACCCCUAGGGAUCCAAGUACCUUGUCAGUGUCGAACACAUCACCUUCUGAGAAGGUACUUGGGUCCCUAGGGAACAUGGCGGAAACAGCUUCACUCCAUGCGCUCAUGUCGCAGAACGUGGCAGAGCUGCCUCCUGGAAGCGUGAACGUUUGGCAGAAGGUGCUCAGCUACACAGGCUCAUGCUGCAGGUAUGUGACAGCGACCUAUUCCGAACGUUUGAAGAUCAUCGAGGACGACUGGAUUGAGGUCUUGGCUGCUGCGGAGUCCGACCAGCAGGCGCACGCCGGUCACGGCGCCAAGGGAGGCACCACGCCCAAGCCUGGCGCCGGCAGCACGUCGCCCAAGCCCGGCGGUGAUGGCGAGGGCAAGGCCAAGGGAGGUGAGGAGGAGGUGGCGGUCACGCGCAGCUUCGGGGCGAUGUGCAGCUUUAGCAUGGAGAUCAUUGGUUUGCAGAGUGAAGGCUGGAUGGCUGAGCUGUUGGAAGUCUUUGGCAACCUGGUGGAGAGGAUCGGAAAUCCCUCGCAUCUCAUGGAGGAGUGUGAGCUGCUGGCCAUUAGCAUGAUCCUGAAGUCCAAGUCGAAGAAGGAGAUUGACUUUGACAUCUUCAAGCCCGUGAUGCUCACGGCGCUCCGCUCCUUGCUCCCGACCAGUUGGAGCUCCUCCCACGAGACUGCCUGGGAGUGGCUGUGGUCCACGAUCAGUCGAAACCUGCGAGAGGGCACCCAAAAGGUGCGGGUCUUCAAGCCCUACAAUUCUCAACUCUUCUCGGCACUCAAGGACCAGCAGAUGGCCUACUUCCGGGAGAAUCUCUAUGCGGACUUCUUCACCAAGUGCGCUAUGAGCCAGGAGAUUUUCAAGCAGUCGCAGACCAGGCUUCACUACAUCGCCGAUGGAGUUCUGCGCUCCUCCUAUGACAUCCUGCACAAACCCAAACAAGUCAUGGUCGAUGAGCUCUCUGCUCUGGGUUUGCGACAUGUAGGCUAUGGGAUCCCCAUUGAGCUCUUUGCUCCCUUCACCGACUCCUGCGUCCUGGUCAUCAAGCAACUCGUUGCCGAGAUGCCCAAAUCCGAGUCGAUGAAGAUUGUCGCAUGCCCCGCCGUUGGUCUGCAUCAGGCAGAAGAGCGUGACGUCCCAGAAUAUAUGAUGGUCGAGGGCUUCCGCUGGUCCAUCGGCCUCGUGGCACGUUUGCUGAUGCGGAUCAUCACCGAAGGGUCCACUGCUGUGAUGCAGGCGAUUUGUUUGGAUAAUUCUGAUCUCUUGCAGCAGGCAUUGAGGGAAGCUCCCCGGGCUCGGCGCUCAAAGUUACAGCUGCGGGUUCGCGUGGGGAGCCAGACGAUUUCUCCCUUGUACUGGGCCCUCAGGAGUGGUCGACAUACCUCAGCAAAGACGAUGCUGGAAGAUAUUCUCACCAUUCGCGCGGAUCGAGACAAAUACUACUAUGGCAACAAUGACAUCUUCAGGUACCAGCCGAACAUUGCUGCGGACUUGUUGCAAGAAGCUCCCAAGUUGGUGCAGACCUUGCUGGAUGGGUUGAUUUGGCGCUCACACAAGACACAGGAUGGACUGCGGCCGGUGAUUUACUACAUGGAGCAUCUAUUGCAAGACAUGGAUGAGAAUCAGAUGCUCUCCCGAGCCUUGUUGAGCUUCAUGCACUUCAAGGAUCCAAAGGUCAUUGUCCACCCCAUCCUGAUGUUUGUGCUGGAUUUGCUCUGGGAGAAACUGAUCCUGCGAUUCUUUGUGUCGGACCAAAUCUUCCGAGCGGUGAACUUCAUCAUCUACCUCUUUGCCGCCUGUUUCUUUAAUACCGAUGAAGCAAUUGCAGAUCCGGUGAUGUCCAAAAUGCUGGCUGCUUCGCGGCUUUUGGUCUACAUCCUGGGCUUCGGCUAUUUGUUGACUACCAACAUCCGUGAACUCUGGAAGCACAUGAGCAGCCUUGAGGAGGAUCACCGGCGACUUGGCGCAUGUCGAAAGUGUCCUGAAUUCUUGAAGAAGACCUCUGGUGUCCUCAGCUUCUUGUUGAUGAUGAACCUUGCAGUGAUGCUCACAGUCGAACCCUUGCUCCAUUGCUUCGGGAAGACGGAGGGAUGGAUCUCCUUUACCUGCGAUGCCUGGACCGACCACAUGCAUUUGGUCCACGAGAUUUGUUUGGUGCUCGGAAUCUUCUUGUAUGUGCUGUUGAUCUUUGGUAUUGGCAGCAAUAUCUCCAUCACGCUCUCAGAGUACCGCGUCUUGUGUCUGCGUGCUGGGAAGCAGGUGAUGCUUUGCAUGAGUGUGGUGACAUUGGUGAUUUUCACCUUCGGCUUCUGUAUCACUGCGAUGACCCGUGAGGUCGCGAUCGUGGGCACCCACGAAUGGGAUGGUGUGGGAUCCACCAUCACUCAUUUGCUGCAGCUCACCGUGGGCAUUCUGGACUUGGAAGACUUGACUGGAAUCUCUGCCAAGAGCCCUUCCCUCUUCGUGGUGAUUGCAGGCUUCUUGCUGCUGGUCUACAGCUUUCUCUUUAACUUGCUGGUCUCGUGA